ACGGUAUUUAUUGCCUUCCAAGUGUAAUCAAGUUUCAACCCCAUUACGUUUUGUAUUGAUCUAUCAAAUCAAUAGCUGAUCUAAAGUUUCAAAAACUGAAAACAGUGUAAAAAGUAAAUGGGAUUAGCAUAACUUGUUUAAUUCACUGAGACAUCUGGGAUAACCGCAGUGGACACAGGGAUUCUCUUCUUAACGAAAAUCCAGUUCAGGUGCAGAGCGUCUUUCCUGGUUAGCUGGUGCGGACUACACAGGCCAAUAUGAUGCCAUGCCUACCGUUCACACAUAUGACGAGGCAAGCAUUAGUUUCACAAAAUGUGACGGACAUGUGCAACAAAUUCAAAACAGAGCAGUGACAAACGAGAAUGGCUUGAUCCGCUAUUUUGAAGAAGCCAUCGCCAGAGGCGAUCCAAACAGGGACCUGUACAUGGCGAGGUCGAUCCUGGUUUGGAUGUCACUGAUGUCCGAUAGAAGGCGGCGGAGAGAUCUACCGCACAAUAUGUGCAGUCUUGUUGACGAGAACAGUUUCCUACCGGGAACUUUCAUGGAGUUAUGCAGUGCUGCAAACAUUGAAUGCCAAUUAAUAAUGGGAAAGGCGAAAGACAUCACUUACGAACCUGGCUCGAAUAAAGAAAUUCUACAAGGCGUCUGGAACAGCUUUCGUUGCAAUAACGUUUGGCAUUUGGUAUACACUGAACUAGCCGUCUCCACCGUAAAAGGAUACCGGCGAGGGGGCGAGAUUCUGCUUGAGAAUGAUGGGAAUUUGGCAUUUCAGACACAGACAGCAAACACUGGUUAUACAGAGGCUAUUUUCAAUGAGUUUUGGUUUUGCACACAUCCGCGAAUUUUUUCGAUUCACGCUUUUCCCGAGGAGAGUUCCUUUCAGUAUGUAUCGAGCGAACGUGUUAAAAAUGAAAACGAUUUCAAAAAGUGCGCCUUUCUGCAACCCGGGUUCUUUGUAACUGGAAUGACUCUGCUAACGGUUGAUGCGUGUCAAAUGAUUUCAGAUAAGGGACGUUGCCGAAUAACCGUUGGCUGUCCUUCCACGGUACUUAAAGAUGUUAAGUUCAAAUACAAAUUAUCGUUUAUUGAAGGAAGCGGAGAAAUAAACGCCGACACAUGUAUGCAUUUGACAAGAAUGGUCGUAUAUUCACCGGGUAUGGACGAAGUGUCGUUUACAAUAAGUUUGCCUGUAAAAGGCAAGUAUACUUUCAGUACAUCCGUGAUCACGCCAGACCUAAGCCGGUAUUGGGAGUGCUUUGAGUUCAGGAUUGUGUGCCUUGAAGUCGAUGAACACUGUCGCAACAUCCCGACUGAGGUGGCGAAGACCGGGCUAGGCUUUACGCACGAAGCUUUGAAUUUUGGUUUAAAGCACCCAUCACAGACCACUUCCACCCUUGAAGUAGAGUGUGCGGACCAGGUUCCCGGAAAGACCAUCGAUCUGAACUCAAUACAUUUUAGAAUCGCUGAAGACCGAAUCAACGAGGUCCAGUUUGCGUCGGAUUACAUCGGCGAUGACGAAAAUAUCGGGGUAUCUGAAGUCAGAGUGGACCACGACAAAGGCGAGGUCGUGUUGAAGGCAGGUCUGAAAAAGAAAGGAGAGGGCGUGUUGGUGCUGAAAGGAAAGGACAAGAAUGGCGGAGGAGACUUCAAACCGGUUGCGAACUAUAUUGUCAGCUCCUAUCGAAAUAAUGAGGCGGAUCACGAACGACUUGUGAAGAAAAACAAGAAGAAAGUGUUACAGGCGUCGAAGCGUGAUGCAAAAGAGUUUCGAGAGACACAACUGCGAGAUUCGGUGCACAGUUUACAACGGGAAGUGAAACAACUGAUGUCUGUGCUCAACAAAAUGAGCAGUAUUCAUCCGACAAAGUGAGCCAAAGAACAAAGGGCCUUUUCUGCUAUAAAGGAAAAGAGACAGACAAGGACUGCAUUUGAACAAAUGAUUGUAUGGCUUAAUAAUCAAUUAAAGCAGGAUUUAAGUCUUAUAGUCUAUUAAUUUUUAUGAUACCUAAGUUUUGUACCUAAUUAUACUGCAACUAGACCAGCCUCGACCGGUUAAGUUGACUGUUUGACCGUCUACUGCGCGGGUAGAACCAAACCCAGCUAGACACCGACAAGACGAACGGUCACCGCAACCUCUACCGAAACACCCACAUCAGCAACUCAAAACUUGAAAUGUCAAUAACUGGACCCGAACAAUAACAAUGAUAAAAAUUAUAUAAUAAUGCAUAAACAAUACUCAGGGUACGUCAUAUUCCGACUUCUUUGAUGUAUCUCUUGGUGUUAAGCAAGGGGUACCGAUGUCACUGCAACUGGUUAUGCUAAUUAUUAAUUACAUGUAUGUUCCACAGUAUACGAACGACAUUUUUCAAUUGCUGCCUUGUGUAUUAUGCUAUUAGCUUAUUAUAUUGAAUUAUUUGCUUCUAACCCGGGACGCAUUCAGAAGCAAUUUAACGAUAUAUAUAAUUUAUAUUUAUAACGCUAUUUAUUGGUCUAAAUUUGGUAUUAAAUAAAUAAUUUGUAUAUUAAAAAAAGGUGAAAUUAUUCAUGGUCAAUAAAUAACGAAUAUAUUGAACAAAUGUCAUUUUUUUAUAAACGUGGGUAUAAAAUUUGAAUACACUGGAAAUAUGUAUAUUUUUGUAAAAAUAUUAAAUUAAAAUAGACCGAGAGCUUAUUAUUACAUUGCAUUUGUGUCAAAUUAGAUGUCGAAACCGAACUACAUGUAUCUCUUUGCGAUUCGCUAUUAACGCCAAUCUUACUACAUGGUUCAGAAGUCUGGGGCAUUAAUGACAACAAUGAUAUUAAUAAAUUACAUUAUACAUUUUGCAAAAAAUGAUCUUUGUGUAAAACAUAGUCUACUUCUUACUAUGAUGUAUCUAGUGAGUUGGGUAGAUUGUCUUUAGCCGUAAUAUGCAAAUAUGGCAUAAUGUAAUUGGGUAAAAUUAUACACAGUGUUUACGGAACAGAUGGAUGUAUCAACCUUUUUAAAUUGUAAGAAAAAUAAUCUAUGGUGUCAAGCUUUGAAAUAAACUUUAGACAACCUUG